GCCACGAAUGCGAGUGUUCGAUCCAAUAUACGACUCCCGUCAGUUAUAGUUAUUUUUGGUCAAUUAUAUUGCUCUCAGAGUUGAUCGGAUCCACAAUAUGACGAUUAUCGUUGGUAGGUGUUCGUUUAUCGAAAAAAGUUAUUCGUAAUGUUUCUCUCGUCGAAGCUGCAAAACAGACCUUUUCUGGCCCAGUUUUCGUCGUCUGUGGUAAGCUUUAUGUCCAUGGUUUGUUCAGGUUGUCCUUUUUGUUUGGCGGUUAAGGUGUUGUGAAAGUAACGUGAUGAAAGCAAUAUCGUUUGUCGCGAAGUCGUAAGAAUGCACAUUUGUUUGAAGUUCUAAAUGAUAAUUUCUGCAGCAAACAUAACAAAACGGUGUUCAGCGAUUUAAUUGCUUCUUUGAGCAUCUCACAUAGGGUGCAACCGUUUGAAGUGUUUACCGUUGUGGUUGGGUGGACUUUCAACACGCUUUCGUGUUCAUAUGUCCUUUUUGUUUGCGAACAGUAGUGAGCAUUAUAACAGAUGGACGUCUGAUAGCGACCUUAAGUGACACACCUCAGCCAGCUUAUCUGUAAAAAUGAAAUACUUUGCGCCUGUUUAAUCACUAGUGGCUACAAAUACAUUCUAAAGAGGCCAACAUUAUUGUAAAAUUACAAAUCCUGUGACUACAAUGACCAACCAUAUUGUGUGAGGUCACGUCCGAUCAACGACUGACUCUAGGAAGCAAUGAUUCGACCUAUCGAUCGAAACUGGCAAAAGCUGCCCAAGUCUUUUAGCCAAAACAUCUCGGCCAAGUGGAAUUAAAUGUUCCACUUUAUUUAUCAAGGGGGAAUAAAAGGAAAACUUUUGUUUGUCAUCAAUCAUCUUCAAUUUCCUUUUACUUCUCUUCUAGCAGCUGUUAAGACUUAAGCUACUUUGUGUGCCAUGGAUUGAUUUAAUGUGAUGAGUUUCCUAUUAGAAUAAUUUCAGUAGAUCCAACCCUAAGCGCACGGAUCACAUCUCUCGAUAGUGAGUGAUAUAAAGUUUUACCUGUUGAGAGCGUUUUAUAUAUAUAUAUUUCUUUGCUUUUUCAGCCUUAGAAUAAAGUUUCUUUUCAUUCAUACAGAACACACCAAUUCAGACCAGAUACGCUUUUCUAAGAGAGUUCGCCAUUGUCCUCCGCCGGGUUCGUUGUUAGGGCGAUAAGAUAGGUUUGUAUGCUGUAGACAUAAUAAAGCUUCAAUAGAAUUACGUCUUGAAGCAGUUCUUUUUCAAAAAGAAGAAAUAAGUAAAAAAAAAAAAAAUGAAACAACUUCCAACAAUUAUUCACCGGAGUGCAGGUAAAUAUUCACCACUCUCAUCGACACUGAGGUAAAUUAUUGUUUUGGUAUAUAUCAGACAAUAGCCAAAAUAUUUGUAAAUUUCUGUUAGUCUAGCGGAAAAAUGUCGGAAAUGUAACCCUUAAUGCGUAGUCUUGUCUCUUCGGCUUGCUAAUCACCUCCGAACUAGCCAGUUAGCGCGCGCAAAAGGAACUAUUCACCACUGUAGUAAAAUAAAACAAGUUUAUCAAUUACUCUGACUUUCUCUAAUAGUGUACGAUGAAUUUAUGUAACAGCAGCCUCGGAAAAACCAGGAGGCCGUGUAUCAAAUUUCUCUGUCAGUAUAUCAUCUGCCUUAUAUUAAGCAGAUAUCAUAACAAAACAAAUGGGCCAUUGGUAUACCAAAUAUUAGUAUUCCGACAUAAGAUACGCAGAUAAACUCAGAUAAAUGAGAGAGAUUGUUUUUGUUCUCACGUGCCCUAACCGAGUACAUAUGUUUCGUAUCCCUACACGCACAAGAUAUUUUCGAAAUGGAAAUGUGGAAAAAAUUUGAAAACAAUAGGAACAAACUGCCAAAAAGUAUCCGCUUUAAUUGGUGGCACAAUUUUACCACUCACUGUUUCCUUUGUGAAGUUGUUUGCAUUAAUUCAAAUGAAUAAAGGGGUAAGUUUCUAAAAAAAAAAAACAAAACACUGUGGCGCUGCGUCGAUGAGAAAGUCACGGUUUAACAGGAUAAUUUAGUAUUAUCAACUGAGUUGAUGACGUAAAUUAGCCACCGUAAAGAAUUUCAAAGCUGACGUUUCGAGCGUUAGCCCUUCGUCUAUCGCUCUGACGAAGGGCUAACGCUCGAAACGUCGGCUUUUAAACACUUUUCGGUGGCCAAUUUACUUCAUCAACUAAGUUGAUAAUGCUAAAUUACCCUGUUUACAUUAAGGCCUCAUUAUAAUAAGAGUUUGUCACUAAUUUUCGACUACAUAUGCUUGUCACGUGCAGUUGAAUGUAGUUACUUGGCAGACGGAGGAGGAAAAGGUUAUCAAUAUUUAUGCAGUUUGUCAAUACGAUAGCACAAGGACAAGCAUCGUCUGACAGAAAGACAAACAGCGUCAUUACUGGUUAUUUCGGUAAGGUGAAUACUGAAGCAUACACUCUUUGAUCUAUGGAUGAAUUAGGCAUUCAGCCAGAAAAAUUCUUCCUUAAGUUCCAUGUUUUCUCUGCUUUUUUUCAGGCUUUGUGAUCAAGUUAUGAAUUCAAGUACACAAUUCGCUUUAGAGGCUUCGAAGGCUGUGAAUGCCAGCGACAACAGUACCCAUACUCUGGAAAGUUGUGGUAUUGUAUUUCCAAAUGGGAUAAUAAUCACUAUACACUUUUUGACGCUCUUUACGUCCUUGAUAGGAAACACUCUCCUCAUCGUUGCAUUUCUGAGAAUGAAAGAAACGAUACUGCUCCUCAUUGCCAACAUGGCUGCAUCUGACCUACUCUUAGCGCUGGUUCUUAUGCCUGAAUUGAUUAUAUAUGAACUAACUGGGUCCUUCGAAUACCACGUUCGUGGUGAUGUAGGUACUUUUCUGUGUAAGAUCUGCCCUGUUCUAAGCGACGCAUCAUUGUCAGUAUCAACCCAAAGCUUAGUCUUGAUCGCAGUCGAGCGGUUACUGGCACUAAUGGCUCCUGUACUCUAUAGGAGGAUAACCGAUAGUAAACGGAGGAUUAUCGUCAUCUGCACUUGGAUUGUGGCCAUACUUCUUCACUCGCCCUAUUUCUACGCGAAGCGACUAGCUUCGAUCCAUCACGAAGGUACCUUUAUCCAAGUUUGUUAUCUAGACUGGGCACCAAUUUUUGAACACAGAACAGCACAACUUCGUUAUGGUAUUUUUUUAUACAUAACCGUUUUAAUUGUACCUAUUCUUAUAAUUUCUGUGCUUUACGCUGUAAUCGUUUUCAACCAACGAAAUGACAAAAUGGUCUCCAGUCGAGGUGAAAAGUGUGCAAUACGAAAGAAACGAAGCGUCAAGAAUUUAAAACGGAUGGCUGUAGCUACAGUAACGGCACUAUUUUUAUGCUGGACGCUUUAUAUCAUAGUGUUUUCAUUCAAACUUGUCUCUCCAGAGACUGUUCCCAAAUGUAGUAAAUUUUUCCAGGCAGUGGAAAAUGUGUCUAGCUUGAUGGCAAGCUGUUAUUGUGCAGUUAAUCCCUCCCUUUGUUUCAUUUUCAUCAAAUGUUUUUCACGUCAGCUAAGUUUUUUGUGUCAACGAAAAUCUAAUCGACAGCGUGGCGCGAAGUGUACUCACGCGAAUGUCAAAAUGGGAGAAUCUGGUUCUGUCAGCUGUCUGACGAGAUUAAGUUUACGUGGCAGUUAAACUAAAUAAUCCUUAUCAAUAGCUCUGUCAAAACAAACUAAAAUGUGAUAUUAAAGAAGGAAAAAACAAGAAGAUGAAAC